AUGGAAAGCAGCAAUGCUACACACAUUUCAGAAUUUCUUCUUCUGGGGCUUUCACAGGCACUGGAACUACAGCCCCUCAUAUUUGGACUAUUUCUCUCCAUGUACCUGAUCACUGUGUUGGGAAACCUACUCAUCAUCCUGGCUGUCAGCUCAGACUCUCACCUCCACACGCCCAUGUACUUCUUCCUCUGCAACCUGUCCUUGGUAGACAUCUGUUUCACCUCCACCACCGUCCCAAAGAUGCUGUGGAACCUCCAGACACAGAGCAAAGCCAUCACCUAUGAAGGCUGCAUCACACAGAUGUAUUUUUUCAUAGUUUUUGCUGGGUUGGACAACUUAAUCCUGACUGUGAUGGCCUAUGACCGGUUUGUGGCCAUCUGCCACCCCCUGCACUACAUGGUCAUCAUGAACCCGAGGCUCUGUGGACUGCUGGUUCUGCUGUCCUGGAUCAUUAGUGUCCUAAAUUCCUUGCUACAUACCUUAGUGGUGUUGCACCUGUCCUUCUGUUCAGACUUGGAAAUCCCCCACUUUUUCUGUGAAAUCAAUCAGAUGGUCCAACUUGCCUGUUCUGACAUCUUUCUUAACAAUAUUAUAAUGUAUUUUACAGGUGCAAUCUUUUGUGUUGGUCCCCUUGCUGGGAUCCUUUACUCUUACUGUAAGAUACUUUCCUCCAUACAUAGAAUUUCAUCUGCUCAGGGGAAGUAUAAAGCAUUUUCUACUUGUGCAUCUCACCUCUCAGUUGUUUCCUUAUUUUAUGGUACGCUCCUAGGUGGAUACCUCAGCUCUGUUGCUUUCCACAGUACACACUCAAGUGCAAUAGCCUCUGUGAUGUACACUGUGGUCACACCCAUGCUGAACCCCUUCAUCUACAGUCUCAGGAACAAGGACUUAAAAGGGGCCCUGGAAAGAUUCCUUGGCAGGUAA